UGGAGUAUUCCACGCAGACUUUGCGAAAGCACUGCACCCCAGAGUCGGCUCUAUCCGCUUUGGAAGAAGCGAUUAUCGCUCUCGGAGUGUCUUCUGCUUUGGAGUACGUGCACGGCUGCGGUAUUGUCAUUGGUUAUCUCAAUCUGUACACUAUUCUGUUGUGGGAGAUGGCGACGCCUGCUGGUUUGGAGUUGCAGGCCAGAAUCGUGCAUGUUAGUCGAUUGGCUGAGUUGUUGGACAGUGGAGAUGCACAGCUUAUAUCUAUGAACUCUGAAUCAGUCACGUACCUAGCACCUGAGUGCGAUGAGAUUUCCAGAGCAGGUGAACACAGCAGGAGAAGAGUUGAGAGUGCAAGCGACUGCUAUUCAUUUGGCGUAUCAAUGCUCAGCAUGUGUGUUCACAGAGAACCUCCAAACAUCUGCCAACUAAUGCACGAUGGCAGAAGGAAGGAUCUCGAAGAUCUUGGUUCCGAUCAUUCACUCCACAGCGUCAUCAGCAAGUGCUUACUAGGGAAUCCAGCUCAUCGUCCAAGCGCCACUUACAUUCGUCUUGCUGUGGCUGUUGAAAUAUCAAUUGAAAUCCGGUACAAGAAACUUAGUGAGCAACCUGAGCAAGCAUGGGAUCAAGUGAUGUUGGACGAUGUCGCUGGUGUGUCGACAUCCAUCGAGGAUCCAAGUCGCACACCCCCAAGCACGUCACGUGAUUCACGAGAAGAGGAGAACGUGGCGACAGAGAUGCGCAGGCUUUUAGCCGAUCCGGAUAAGGCUGAACUCUUGGACAACUUCUUACACCAGCAGAGCCAGAAUUUGAUGACCUUGCUAGCAGACUUUAACGGAGAACUGGCUCGCAUGAAACAGCACCACUGGGACGAAUUUCAUUGGAAUGACUCACAGAUAACUGCUCUGGAAGCAAGAGUGAAUGCAAACUGCAAAGACGGAAUAUAUCUUGUCGAGCUCUGCAAACAGGCUGCCGCACGGAACCAUUCCUUAUUCAAGAAAGUGCAACAGCAAAGUGAAGAGUUGCAUGCCGUCAGAGGGGAACUCCGUGUUUCUGUGCACCUUUCUAAUGCGAAUUGGCGGCGCAUUUCAACGAAAGAACUGGCAAAGGUAAUUGAUAAAGUGAAGCAUCUUCUGGAGCAGACGGAACGCCAGGUCACCGAGCAAGCGGGAAGAGCACGGUUCAUGAGACGCAUUGUACUUCAACUGGCAUGUUCCGAAAGCCUUGGCCUGUACGCUCGCUAUGCACUUCUCAUCGGUCCAAAGCCCAGAAGAACUAAAGUCAACAUUCCAUUGUGGAAGUACCUUGGCAGGCUCCCAAGCAUGAUCGGUGGUAUUCACGUGGCUUGGAUGGGGCAAAUGAUGCAUCACCGAGGAAAAGCCUACGUCACCCUAGCUGAUAAGCACGACACUUGGAUUCUGGCCAGCGCAGAUUCGGGCAAUCUUUCUGGGUCCAACUGGACCGCAGCCAUCUUGCCGGGUGCCCUCAACUCUGCUCAUGGCAACGCGAAACAUAGAAUAUACGCUGUAGCGGAUACUCAAAGUCUCUAUAUACUUAUUACUUUUUGGCAAACUGGUGAAGGUGUUGUUUAUCAGCUCCAGAAAGACGACAAGUGGCGGAGAGUCACUGAUUUGCCUGAAUUCCGGAAGUUAUACGCCGCAACUAUCCAUGAGAAUCAGCUGUAUGUCCUGGGAGCUGGAGAUAGUCCACAGCAAUUGGUGCACGUCAAACACAAUGUCUAUGCCUUGGACCUGACCAAACAAUACUCGCCGUGGGUCUACGGGCCAAGACUCGGGGGUCACUGCAAGGUGGACACUUUCCACUAUUCAUCCUGUGUGGUGUACGGUGGCUAUCUGCAUGUCGUCAUACGUUCCUAUGAAGAAGACAAAAUUCACUCCGCGAGCCUAUCGCAUGCCUUGCUUGACCAGGAAUGGAGCAACGCUAUUUUACCGAAGCCGGAAAUAGACAGAUUCGAACUGACUGUGAUAAACAGCUGCUUGGUAUGCAUUGAGGACGAAAAGGACUGUGGCAGCGAUUCUCCAAUGUACAUCCUGUUUCCUAUGGGUCGUGGUGAAACCCAGUGGCUGCUCUUUGAAAAGGCCACCAUGUUUGACCUGAAUGAGCGUGCGCUGCGCAUUUGGACAGAUGGAACUAUCGGAGAACUCGUGUGGACGAUUUAGAAUGUUUAGUGGACAAAUAUAUUAUAUUCCCUGGUGAUUCAUGUCAACUGCAUGGCGAUUUCUCCUGCCACUUUUUCGCUUUUGUUACCUUCGUCGUAUGGUGGCCAUGGCUAGCGCAAACGACCACUGCUCAAAUGUGGCUAGGUGCACUCUUUAGCCUUUAACAGAUGCGAUCUAGCGACAUCUCUAUCGCCUGUCUCCCCGUUUUGAAAAUUUGGGGCUCUGCAGGCUUUGUUCCUGAUUGCAUGCUGCUUGCUCCCUGGUCUUGUGUUAUUAGCGACUUUGCCAUCACUACUGUCAUAAUAUCCAUUUAUUUUUGUUUCAAAUCUUUAUUCUCUCGAUAGCCAGUGGCCAAUAAGAGAGUUGUUGUUGUUGUUGUUGUUGUUGUUGUUGUUGUUGUUGUUGUUGUUGUUGUGGUUGUUGUUGUUGUGGUUGUUGUUGUUGUGGUUGUUGUUGUUGUUGGUGGUGGUGGUGGUGGUGGUGGUGGUGGUGUCGUCAUUGGCGUUUUGAAAUAUGCGGACUAUUUUCAUGAACGAUUAGCUUCAAGGCUUCAUGUAUCUGUUCAGCAACUAUGAAUGCCAACUGGCUCAUGUAGUCUAGUGGAUCCUGAGAUGUUUGAGAAGCAGUGGUGAGUUGAUGUGGGCUUAGGUUCGAAUCUGCUGACUGAGCUUUUUGCAAUGAAGAUCAAGGGGC